CCUGCCACAUUAUGAUCUCACUCCAACUUCCUGCGUGUGUACUCGUCUAGGAGAAACAAACGGCGAUACUGUAUACUGUCUGACUGACUGACCAGAGAAGAGGGCGAAGGGGAAAAAAAGCUGCCGUCACACGUUCCCCUUCAUCCGUUUUUAUUUGAAUGACAUAUUGUAGAAAACAAAAGGAUUACACGAGGCAUGUUGACAGUAAUCUUAAUCGUUGCAUGCAGUAGCCUAGCGUAACUGCCCGGAUUGCUCUAAAAUGCCAUCAACAAUGCAGCACGCGAUCGUUUUAUUGACCGACAGAACAUCUGCUAAUGUUUUAUAAAGCCACGACGAACGCCUGUAGCAGCAGCAGCUAUGCCCAUUGCUCAUAGACUACAGCUCUCAUCUCAAAGGAAUAGCAGGUGUGCUACUAUGGUACCAGACAGGUGUGACACUCUACAGUGACGAGAUUCUCAGACACACACGGACGUCUGCCUGCUCCGGAACCUUCCCCUUGAUGAGAGAAGCCGGUCUGACACCAGGCACAUGGUCAGCAUGCAGGCCGGCCCUCGUCUGUCCGCUCUCUUGAAAGCUGCUCUUCACUGAUAAUGCUGGAGACGGCGGCCAUUUUAAACAGGUGAAGAGAGGUCUGUAUGAAAGGUACAGGUCACUGACCGUGCCACCAAUGCUACUGUAACCCCAAGACACAACCAGGCAGAAUGGCAUCAGGGAUUGUGUUACAAGAGUAUGAGGAGCCUUGAUCAGACAGCCUUUCACCACUGCACCACCACGACACAAAAUAACUUAGAAAAGAUUAGUGUUAGUUAGUGUACAGUAAGUGAUGGAUUUGGAGUUGGCGUUGGAUGCACUUUGACCCACAGAAUCCCAUCAGUACCCUUUGGUUCUGUGGUCUGGGACUCCAGGUGUGUGCCUAGCCUAGCCUGGCCUAGCCGCACCUCGCCUUGUGGCCAUGCGGGUGAGCUUCUGCCAGGCCCUGUUGGCGGGCGCCAUCGUGAUCAACCUGCUCAUCCUCUACUACGUGUCGCGCGCCCAGCAGCAGAUGAUGGAACGCCGCCGGGAGCAGACCAAGGGCUCCAAGAAGACUGGCCUGUCCGGCGCCGGAGGUCUCGGGGGUGGGGUGGGACUGGCAGCAGUGGGGCUGGGAGGUGGCGGUGGGGUGGCUGGGGCGAAGUCGGACCUGAGCGGGCGCAACGGAGGCGGGGGCAGCCCGCGUGUGACGGUGCUGGUGCGGGAGUUCGAGGACUUUGAGAACUAUGUGGGCGAGGUGGCGCGCUCGUUUUUGCGCCAGCGGCCAGACCUGCCCUUCCUGGCGGUUGCGGACACGCCGCCCUACCCGCCCCUGGCGCUGCCCGAGGGAGGGGCCGCCAGGCUCCUGGUCCUGGCCCCCAGCCCUGAGUUGCCCCCUCAGGCCAACCGGCCAGAGUUCCACGUGCAGACGGAGUUUGUGCUGCUGGUGCCAGACGGGGUGGAGCUGGAGCACGGGAGACAGGUGGAGCACCUGAUCCGUGAGCUGGAGGGUGAGGGUGGGGGUACGGUGCGUCUGGUGGCGGCCCCCGUGCUGUCGCGCUCGGCCGUCCAGUGCCUGCACCUGCGCGUCAGCAUGCGCGAGUGGACGGCCACAUACUCGCCGGCCGCCUCGGGCAGCAGCGGCAGCGUGUGCACGGCGCUGUCCGGCGACGCCGUGGUCCUGCUGCGCGCCGAGGACCUCUUCAACCUGUCCACGCCGCUCGGGCGGCCGCUGCUGACCUCGCUGUUCGUGCAGACGGCGCUGCGUGGCUGGCGCGUCAAGCUCCUGGAGGCGCCGUGCUUCGCCGCCGGCCGACGGCCGCUCUUCGGCUCGGCGCACAGCCAGUGGAAAGCCGAGACGCGGCGGAAGGAGGCCACGGCGGCGCUCGCACGCGGCUUCGGCCUCAAGCGGUUGCUGCACGCCGACGGCCGCGAGCAGUGGUUCGGCUGCGGCAAGGAGACGCCGCGCUGCUUCGGCACGGUGCGCGACGAUACGCCCGACUACCUGUACCUGGAGCGCUGGACGCCCCCCUGCUGCCUGCGCGCGCUCCGCGAGACCACCAAGCACGUCAUCGGCGUGCUGGAAGGCGCCGGCGUGCGCUACUGGCUAGAAGGGGGCAGCCUUCUCGGGGCGGCCCGCCACCAGGACAUCAUCCCCUGGGACUACGACGUGGACCUGGGCAUCUACCUGGAGGACGUGCCCAACUGCGAGCAGCUGCGAGGGCUGGACUCGGGCUCGCUGGUGGACGCCAAAGGCUACGUGUGGGAGCGGGCGGUGGAGGGCGACUUCUACCGCGUCCAGUACAGCGAGGUCAACCACCUGCACGUGGACCUGUGGACGUUCUACACGCGCAACGGCGUCAUGACCAAAGACACGUGGACGGAGCACAAGCAGGACGUGGAGUUCCCCGAGCACUUCCUGCAGCCGCUGGUGCCCAUGCCCUUCGCCGGCAUCACCGCCUACGCGCCCAACAACCACCGCGCCUUCCUCGAGCUCAAGUUCGGGCAGGGCGUCAUUGAGAACCCGCAGUACCCCAACCCUGCCAAGAAGAGACUGGACCGCAGCCGCCUCUGAGACGGUUGGGGGGGGGGGGGGGGCGUGGGGGUAGCUGGGGGCAAAGGCACGAGGGUGAGAAGUGGUAUCAUGGUACAGUAUGCCAGAACCAGCUUGUCCAUUGCAGCCUCAACACAUUGGGAACUUGUUGAGGAUAUUCGGUGAGAAAGAUCGCAAACUUUUAAAUACUUGAGGAUGAAAGAUUGAGGUUAAUUGGGGUUUGGUUUGGAUUUUGAGGUAGCUCACACGGUUUAAAGCUUCUUUGUGUGUGUUUUUUGUGUGUGUUUUUUUUGUGUGUGUGUGUGUGUGUGUGCGCGUGUGUGCGUGUGUGCGUGCGUGCGUGCGUGCGUGCGUGCGUGCGUGCGUCCGUGCGUGCGUGUGUGUGCGCGCUUGUGUGUGUGUGUGUCUAACCCUUGAAGACACUAAAAGGCAGCUGUAAAGCUGUAAUUAUGCUUUACUGGACAUGGUCAGAUCAAGGUGCUGUGUGGUGCGCAAAUUACAGUUGAUAAUACUGCGGUUACUGAAACACUAACAGUGCUAGACAUUAUAUUUUAAGUUGCCAUUAUAGACUAUAAUUUGGUAAGAGAUGUCUUCCUAGUCAGGCUCUUCAGAUACAAUGCCAACGAUAGACUGCAAGGGAACUAGGAAGGAAAUGGAGAAUCCUUCAUGUCUCGGGACUGCCAUGUGAUCAUUUCGAUAAAGCCAGUCUCACCACACACUACUAAGUAGACACACUAAUGUACAAACACAAAUGUUUAAUUUCCCAGUAAGCCCAGUCCAGACCACCACGAGAAAACGAUAUAAGAAACAAAGGCAUUGGAACUUGCUUUGUGAUGGUAGCAGAAUUUUUUUUUCAGCCCCAAAUAGCUCAAUGUGCAGCGGUCCGUAGAUGAAUCGGGACCAGGUUCAUUUCAUAAGGCUUCACACAGUUCAGCUUUCUCCUUUUUUGAGCGUUUUCUUUCCACUUUUUGAGAGGAAGAGAAUCUUAGGAAAACCUGGGAUGGUUGAAACGUUUGAACGUCAAUAAAAAAAUAAAAAAAAUCAGUGAAGGAGAAAACUUUGGUCAUUGGUUUUUGGAUUUCCCUUGGCCUGCGCCUGCACAUUUACCUGUACUACUGAUUGAUCGAGUGAGUGGGUGGGUGAGUGAAUGGAUACAUGUUGCACAGAUUCACUUUAACAAACUUCACUGAAGUUUGCACUGAUUCAUUGUGUUCAUAUGCUACUGUUUGUUUGCGUUAUUGUUUACCAGGACACUAUUUGAUCGUUGCAUUUCUCUGUGUGGUUCUCCCCCCAGUAGUGGGUCUCCAUGUGGUGAUGAACUCUUGCAGGUAUCCCAAUGGAACUGAAAAGUUACACAACACUGAACAAAGACUACCUUCAACACCUUUAAGCAUCACACACCCACACACACACACAGAUAUAAAUGUGCAUUUUUUGAGGAAGACACCAGGCUAUGUGAGAUUCAGUACCUACUGUAGCUAAAUGUAUACGGUAAUGUUUUAAGAAGCAAUUUGUGGCAUAUGACAUCUGUUAUCUGUUACACAGUUUGCACACACAUACACUCACUCUCACAUCACACUCCACUUUACAGGGCUGACUCAUUACACCCCCCCCCCCCAAAUAAAAUUAUCUUAUGCUUA